AUGACCCCACCUGAGAUAGAGGCCACAGACCAACCUGAGAAGAAACUCAAGAGGACUUUGGUCUCGAUCACUUUUGGUGAAGUAGACUUGGAAGGAACGUCUCAGCCACAUGAUGAUGCCUUGGUGAUGACUUCGCGAAUUGGUGGAUUCUUAGUGAAGAGAGUCAUGAUAGAUCAAGGAAGUGGAGCUGAGAUCAUGUACCCUGAUCUAUAUAAAGGGCUAGGGUUGAAACUAGAGGAUUUUAGUAAGUAUGACACACCACUAGUGGGAAUUGAUGGGAAAGUACUAAUGCCCAAGGGGCAGAUAAAACUCUUGGUAGUAACUAAGAGAAAGGAGGUUGAAGUAAAUUUCAUAGUGGUUAAUGCCUUUUCACCAUACACUGUGAUUUUAGGAUGGCCUUGGAUUCAUGCUAUGGGGGUAGUACCUUCUACGUUGCACCAGAAGAUCAAAUUCCCUACUCAAGAUGGGGUUGCUGUGGUCUGA